AUGAGAGAGUUGUAUAUUAAGAACGGCCAAGGCUUCAUCUUGGUAUAUUCUGUGGCUGAUAAGAAAUCAUUAGAAGAGUUAUUGACCAUUAGAGAACAGAUCACGCGUAUCAAGGGUACAAGUAACGUGCCAAUGGUCUUAGUUGGUAACAAGUGUGACUUAACUGAAGAAAGAGAAUUGGAACCGGAAGAUGGUAUUGAAGUGUCCAAGCAAUGGAACAAGGUACCAUUUUACGAGACCAGUGCAAUGUAUAGGAUGAACGUCGACGACGCAUUCGUUGACGUUGUGAGACAGAUCAUCAGAAAGGAAGUCAUGCAGCAACAAAAUUCUGAACAGGAAGAACAAAAUGAGAAGAUUACUGAUUUUCAACAACCCCUGCAAACUCAGCGGUCUCAACAACUCUUGACUAAAGACCGUUCGUUUACACCACAAGCUCCUCAAAAUAAUAAUCCUACACAACCUAAACCACAAACAGAAGCAAUCCCUAAAAGUCAACAAGCUCCGCAGAAAUCAGCAACUACAGACAGCGGCAGUGAUGGUUGCUGUAUUAUCUCAUAG